CCAGACGUGAAGACGGUCGCUCGAGCAUUGCACACCAACACAACAUGUCCUUGAUCAAGAAGAGAAAGCUCAACGGCCACGCCCCGUCGCUGGGUGCGCCCUCGCCGAGAGUACAGGCGCCCAAGACCUCGAAGCCAUCCAAGAAAGCCAUCCCAACGCCUGCGCCUGCACCUGCGCCGCGUAAAGAAGUAGCACCCCAGUCCAGCGAAGAGGACGACGACGACGACGACGACGAGCAAGAGACAGCCACCAACGGGAAGGAGCAUGGCAACACCACCACAAGAAGUUCGAGCCCGAGUCCUCAACCCGAGAAAGAGACGCCCAUGAACGGCGCGGACCCCGACCAGCCAAAAAAGACCUUCGCCGACUUGGGCGUGCGCGAAGAGCUGUGCGACGCCUGCGAGAACCUCAAGUUCAAGCACCCCACGCCCAUCCAAUCCCAGGCUAUUCCUCUGGCCCUCGACGGACGCGACGUGAUUGGCUUGGCAGAGACAGGCUCCGGAAAGACGGCGGCCUUUGUGCUGCCCAUCCUGCAGUCACUACUGGAGAAGCCUCAGGCGCUGUUUGGCAUGAUUCUGGCGCCCACACGAGAACUGGCGUACCAGAUCGCCCAGCAGGUCGACGCCCUGGGCAGCAUCAUCAACGUCAAGUGCGCGACGCUGGUCGGAGGCAUGGACAUGGUUCCCCAAGCUAUUGCCCUGUCUAAGAGGCCGCAUAUCGUGGUUGCCACUCCUGGCCGCCUGCUCGACCACCUCGAAAACACAAAAGGCUUCUCUUUAAAGCACCUCAAAUACCUCGUCCUCGACGAAGCCGAUCGUCUUCUCGACCUCGACUUCGGCCCCGUGCUCGACAAGAUCCUCAAAGUCCUGCCCCGCGACGGCCGACACACCUACCUCUUCUCCGCCACCAUGUCCUCAAAGGUCGAGUCCCUACAACGCGCCGCCCUACAAAACCCCGUCCGCGUAUCGAUAUCCAGUUCCUCGCACCAGGUCGUCUCCACGCUACUCCAACGCUACUUCUUCCUGCCCCACAAGCACAAGGACCUGCACCUCAUCCACCUGCUGAACGACAACAUCGGCCACCCCACCAUAAUCUUCACCCGCACCGUCAACGAAACCCAGCGAAUCGCCGUCCUGCUCCGCACCCUCGGCUUCGGCGCCAUCCCCCUGCACGGCCAACUCUCGCAAUCCGCCCGUCUGGGCGCCCUCUCAAAAUUCAAAGCGAGAUCCCGCGAUAUCCUCGUCGCCACUGACGUCGCCUCCCGCGGCCUCGACAUCCCAUCUGUCGACCUCGUCGUCAACCUCGACCUCCCCAGCGACUCCCAGACGUAUGUGCACCGCGUUGGGCGCACGGCGCGUGCGGGCAAGUCUGGAAAGGCCGUGUCGUUUGUCACGCAGUAUGAUGUGGAGAUCUGGCUGCGUAUUGAAAACGCGCUUGGCUCGAAGAUCGAGGAGGAGGUUGUUGAUAAGGAUGAGGUUAUGGUGUAUGCGGAGCGCGUGGGCGAGGCGCAGAGAGUGGCGGUUAGGGAGAUGAAAGAUAUUCAUGAACAGAGAGGGAAGGGUCGAGGUGGUGGUGGGGGUGGAGGUGGAAGGGGCGGCGGUAUGAGGCAUGGGAAGAGGGGGAGGGGCGAUAUGGAUCGCGAGGAGGGUUGA